AUGACCGGCGGCACCCAACCGCCAGAUGCCAAUGCCGGCAACAGCAAGCAGCGGCACCCGAUCGGAGGAGACUUCGCCCGCACCAUCAGCGUCGACCUUGCCGUUGCCGCUAAUUGGACUGCAAACUGGAGGAAGAAGCCAGGGAGAUCUCGUGAACGGAACUGCUGCUUUGAGUACAUGCUGGCUCAGAUUCGCAAAUUGGCUCCCCUCCCCCUGUAUUUUGUUUCACGCUCCGGCACUGGUGGCGCUGUGCUGCUGCUAAAAGCAGGAAUGAAGCGUCAGCGACCAAUGCGCAAGAGCAUCUAUGUGAGCAGCUAA